CCUUGUGGUCAGCUGGGUUUCGCCGCCUAUGUUAGAAAACAUCGAAUUUUGACAGCUCAAACAUCGCUUCGGAUCUCAUCUCUCUUUUUCCGUGUGGCCGAUGAUAUAGGACGCCAACAUGAAGUUGAACGUGUCGUAUCCCGCUACGGGAUGCCAGAAACUCUUCGAAGUUGUGGACGAUCAUAAAUUGAGAAUCUUCUAUGAGAAGCGUAUGGGAGCUGAGAUUGAAGCCGAUCCCCUGGGUGAUGAGUGGAAAGGUUAUGUCCUCCGCAUCUCCGGAGGCAAUGACAAGCAGGGUUUCCCCAUGAAACAGGGUGUCCUGACCAAUGUUCGUGUGCGUUUGCUCCUGAAGAAGGGACAUUCCUGCUACAGGCCCCGUCGUACUGGAGAGCGCAAGCGGAAGUCAGUGCGCGGAUGCAUUGUGGACGCUAACAUGUCCGUCCUGGCACUCGUGGUGGUGCGCAAAGGAGAGAAGGACAUCCCUGGGCUCACCGACAACCAGGUUCCACGUCGCUUGGGACCCAAGAGGGCUUCGAAAAUCCGUAAGCUGUACAAUUUGAGCAAGGAGGACGAUGUGCGUCAGUAUGUGGUGCGACGCCCACUGCCCGUCAAGGAGGGGAAGAAGCCACGCACAAAGGCCCCCAAGAUUCAGCGUCUCAUCACGCCAGUUGUGCUUCAGCGCAAGAGACACCGUGUGGCACUCAAGAAGAAGCGCUCAGUGCGUGCCAAGGAGCAAGCGGCAGAAUAUGCCAAGCUCCUUGCUCAGCGCAGGAAGGAGGAUAAGGUGAAGAAGGAGGAGGCCAAGAGGCGUCGGUCUGCCUCACUCCGAGAAUCGAAAUCCUCUAGCAUUAGCGAUAAGAAAUAAAAAACUUUCCUGAAAUGAGGAUUCGCUAAUAAAACAAUAAAAAAUAAA